AUGGAAGGUUCGUCUAAAGGAAAAAACGCGCAGGAGAACAAGGGAGGCACAGGAUCGGAAGAAGUACGAUACAGGGGAGUCCGGAGGCGCCCAUGGGGAAAGUACGCAGCAGAAAUACGCGAUUCGUCGCAGAACAGACAACAACGGUUGUGGCUAGGAACAUUCGAAACAGCUGAGGAAGCGGCUAGAGCUUAUGAUAAAGCUGCAUUUAAUCUAAAAGGUCACUUGGCUAUUCUUAAUUUCCCCAGGGAGUAUUAUUCGAAAUUGCCAAGUUAUAUUUAUCCUCCCGGACCAUGUUCGUCGGUGUCACCUUCUUCCUCUGUUUCUGAUGGGAAGCAGAUCAUUGAGUUUGAAUAUUUGGAUGACAGUGUUAUGGAUGAGCUUCUCGAGUCGGAAGCAGAAAAGAUCAAGUCGAAGAAAUAG